UGUCGCCUCUCAGAACAUGUGACCGUCAGUGAAGAAGCAGGGGACGGAAAGAUGGCGGAACAGGCAGACGAAGGGACAGAAACACAGAAGUUGAGUCGCGUGUGACGGUUGUUGCGGUAGUUUUUUGCCGGUCAGUGUCGCUGUGUGACCGGGGGAGGAUGGCCCAUCGCUACCUGCGGCUGUCCGCGGCCUGCAGGAGCAUGUUCCGGCUGCUGCUGCCCUCCAACGCUCCGGCCAGGCUGGUGAUGUGCUCAACCACAGCUGGACAGGUAGACAGUGGGCGGAGCCUGCUGACGGAGCUGCUGGGAGCGUACAGGAAUCAGAGCUCCAAACCCCCAAAAGGUUUUGAAAAAUAUUUUCCAGAUGCUCAGAAACCUGUGAGGAAGUCUGAGACUGAAGCUGCAACUAAAGGUAGACACUACUGA